GUACACAUUUUCUUUCGCAUCUCACGCUCUGUUUCCCCUAAAAGGAAAGUAAAGAGAGAAUGAAAAAAAGUAAGAGCAGACAUGGAAGAAGUGAUCAAUGAACUUACUGCCAAAGAAGAAGUAAAAGCAGUUGUGGAAGAAGAGAUCGGUGAACUUGCUAUCAAAGAGGAACAAACAGAAGUAAUAAAGGAACUAAGGGAUCUUCCACCAGCUCACUACAUAUUCAAGAUUGAAAACUUCUCUUACCUUUCUAAUGCAAAGGUAGAAAGCUAUGAAUCCAGUGAUUUUGAAGUUGGUGGACACAAAUGGAGGUUGUCUCUUUAUCCUAAAGGAAACAAGAAAGGAAAUGACAAGAAUGAACAUGUUUCUCUGUAUUUAGUACUAGCCGAAUCAAAUGCAUUCGCCUUGCAUAAAGAGGUUAAUGUGUACUUCAAGUUGUUUGUUUAUAAUCAAAUUCAGGAUAAGUAUUUGGUUGUUCAAGAUGCAAAGGGCAAGGUAAGGCGUUUUCGUGGAGCGAAAACAGAAUGGGGUUUUGACAAAUUAGUUUCUCUCAGUGCUUUUAAUGAUGCCUCAAAUGGAUACCUUGUUGAUGAUUGUUGCAUAUUUGGUGCUGAGAUUUUUGUUAUAGAACGUACUACCAAAGGUGAGUGCGUAUCUAUUGUGAAGGAGCUUGCUAAUAGCAAUACCUACACUUGGAAAAUUCAAAAGUUUUCAGAUUGGAACCAAGUAGGAUAUACAUCUCAGGUGUUUGUUAUUGGUGGAUACAAAUGGAGUUUGACGCUUUAUCCCAAUGGGUAUUCAGAAGAGAAAGGCAAAUGCUUGUCCAUGUUUUUACACUUGGAGGAUUCAAAACCUUUUUACUCUGGACAAAAGCUCUAUACUGGAUUCAUCCUGCGUGUGAGGGAUCAACUUUUUGGAGUUCAUCGUGAGCAAAAAGCUAAUAAUAAAUUCUGCACUUCCGCCAAUAAUUGGGGUUUCACAAAGCUUAUACCUCUCAGCGAUCUCAAUGAUGCAUCAAAGGGAUUCAUACUUGAUAAUACUGUGAUUGUUGAAGUCGAAAUUACUUUGAUGACAGUGAUCAAGGAGUUUGACAGUGAUCAAGGAGUUCUCUUAAAGUUAUAAUGGUACCAGCUCUUUGAGUUUUGGAUUAUGAAAAGAAUUGCAAAUUGUGUAAACUGGGGAAGACAUAAGAUUAGCUGCACUUCAAGAAGACAUAAGAUUAGCUGCACUUCAAGGUUUCCAUAAUGAUUAUGUUUUCUGCUCGUUGAAUUGGAAGUUCUUAAUAAUGUUUUCCGCAAUGAAUCGUCUCCUUCAGCUUGUAAUAACUUGUAGUGUUUGUGCUUGUUUUGCUCUUAUAUACUUGUUUAUCAUGUACGUAUGGUGUGAACAAAGAUAUUUGGGUAAACUAUAAUUUAGUCUCUGUAUUUUCAAAA